UGAACAUCAACAAAUUACAAAACAAGGGAAUUAUACCUAUGCGAACAUUGGAAAAGGAAUCUAAAAUAAGAAAAUUCUAACGAUGAUACGAUAGAUCUAAAACUUUAAUAAACAACAUCACAUUUAGGCUGAAAAACGGACAGAAAAUUACAAAUUAUAAUGAGACUUCUGUGUUUCAAUAAUUCUCUUUGCAGAAUAUGUUUGGCAGACGGCGCAACACUUGAAUUAUUUGAUUCAGAAAAGGAUGAAAAUAGUAUAUACCUUAAAAUAACUAAAUGUUUGAAAGUUAAGGUUGAAGAAGUUGAAGGGUAUCCUCGACUCAUUUGUGGAAAGUGUUAUACUAAUAUAGAAACUGUGUGCAACUUCGUUGAUACAUUAACAGAGUCAUCAAAAAUAUUAGAAACUGGAUUAUUUAAAAACAUCAAAGAGGAGACCAACAUAGAAUAUGUGUUAAGUGAUUUUGAUUAUUCUGAUGAAGAUGUUGAAAGCAAACCUAAUUUACAAAUUAGUUUCAAUAACAAUGAGCUGGUAUCCAACUUACUAGAACCAUUAGUGUUAAAAAUAAAGAAAGAAAAUGAUAAAUCAAAGCAACUUACACCUAAGAAAAAAGGAAAAUAUAGACCUAAAUUUAAAACCAAUAGAAUUGGAUCAUCUAUGCUUGAAGGGGAAUAUAAGUGGGAUGGUGAAACUUGGAGUUCGACUUCAAACAAGCUACCUUCAAAAACAGCUACAAGACAAUCUUGCAAAUCUGGAAGGAAACCAAGGACAAGAGUGAAAAAUGUGCCAAAACCAAAAUCAGAUCCAACAAAACUCUGUGAUGUUUGUGGACAAAUUUUUGAUAAUCCAAAAAAAUUGGCCAGUCAUAAAUUAUAUAAACAUAACAAAAAAGCCAAAAUAUUCACCCAGUGCCCGAAAUGCCCAAAAGUAUUAGCAUCACCAUAUUACCUACAUCGCCACAUGAUGAGAACGCAUGAUGGGAAGAAAGAUUUUAUAUGCUCAAUGUGUGGUGCGCUAUUUGCAUAUAGAGGAGAACUUACUAACCAUCAUAAAAAUGUUCAUGAGAAAAAUAAUGCCCCUAAAAAGACAUACAAAUGUGAAUUCUGUGAUAAAGUUUAUAAAUGUCAGAAAUCAGUUACAAUCCAUGAAAGAUCAGUACAUACAGGAGAAAGGCCAGCAGUAUGUGCUGUAUGUAAUUCGACUUUUUUCCAUGAAGACUAUUUAAAGGAACACAUGAGGCUUCACACGGGGGAGACUCCGUUCAAAUGCCCUAUUUGUGGAAGAGGAUAUGCUCAAAGGGGGAACAUGAAAAGCCAUCUCAGAAACCAUAAGGUCACUGACAUAGAACCAGAGAUUCUAAGUAAAUUAAGGCCAAGUUAUUUAAAAUAUUUAAAAGAUUAUCGAUAAGUAUGUAUACAUAUAUAUUUGUUCAUUACUUUUUUUGUUUGUAUUAAGCCUAUUGAUUUGAAAGGCAAUUAAGUCAGGUGAAAAAAUCUUUGUAAUAAUUCUGAAAUUUGGCUUUGUAAAUCACAGCAGUAUUUUUUUAUUGCAUUAUAUCUUGAAUUUCCGGCUUUCAAUCAGUUUCAGCUGAAUCAUUAUCAUCAAUAAAAGAAGCAGCCUUGGGCGAGUUGAAGUCGCGCAGGCGUUCGGUACCACCAAAAAUAUAUAAAUAUCGCAUAAUUCUUCCUUACCGGGUGGACAUGGGCUUUAAAUGACGAUGGCGCUAUAGAAAUGUAGUUUUCAAGAAAAAGAUGUAUGAAGAUUGUUUACAGUUCACCUUUAUUUCAGUACAGACUAAAGAAAUUUAAAACAUCAAGUGGCACUAGGAUCAUCAUUAAUAUUUUAGUUCAAAUUUUACCCUUUACUUGUAACUGUUACAAACAGGAUACAUGUAAGCUAUUUAACGGCAUUUUAUUUUUAAUUUGCUAAAUAGAGCAAUAUUUUAUUUUUCGUUUUAAAGGAUCUUAGUGCAAUUUAUGUGAUGCAUAUAAAAAUAUGGAUGUUAUGUUGUAGAUUUAUAGCUAUUAAGCAUAAAAUGUGUUGUCUGAUCUGAUAUUUUAUGAUAAUAUUGUUAAAGUUGUAUAGGUACCUAAUUAUAUUCGUUGGUUACGAAUAGUUAUGUUUUGUUGUUGUCCUCUCUUGGAAAGUACAAACUUUUUUAUUUUUGUGUUUUUGAAGAAGACAUUAGAAGAUAUAUUAUUUGUUUGUAAGUCAGAAUAUUAUGCAUAUUCUGUUUUUUUACACUGAGGUAUAAGUAUUGAUUUGUACUGAGAAUAUUUUGUGCUAAUGAUAUCUAAAGAUGAUGAAGAAAUGUUUGAAAUAUUAUUAAUUUUAAAGUCAAUAGGCUAUUUGACAAAGUUCUAAAAACUAUCUGAGGGUAUUUAUUUGUUUAUAAGGAUCCCUAAAAAAAUACUUUUCUGUCUUUAUUUCAGCUAUUUUAUUAAAAAAUCGAAAAAUAAAAUGCAAUAUUCAAAUAUGCCGCCAAAACGCGACUUUUAUCAAUAUGGCGGCCAUGGCAUGCAGUGACGUAGAUUUCGCAUGAAUAUCAUACAGAGCUUGUUGGUGUUUCGAAUAGUUUUGAUUUUCUCUUGUUUUAUUUAACUUGUGCCACGUCGAAAUGUGUGAAAAUUAUUAAAAUGAGUUCCUAUAAAUGUUGUGCAGUGCCUAAAUGCACUAAUACAACAAUAAAAACGCCAACCAUUAUUGCGUCCACUUUUGUUAGGUUACGACUGUCAGCUUUCUCGAAAUUGGUUUCCAUUAUGUAAUGUUAUUUUCCACUAUGUUAUCUGAGCAAUCCUGAGCGAUAAAACACUUAUAAAAUUUUGAAAAAUAAUACCGAACACCAAGGACGGUACGAUCCACAGUCAGUUUAUGCGUAAUCUACGUCAUAAUAGAAAUAGCCAAUCACGGUCCUUUUUAGUCACGUGACAACUGCAUUUUUCAGAGACGGAUUUUGUUAAAAUAAUGCAAUAUUUUCAUCUCACGUUAUUACAAAUCGCUCCAAAAAAGUAAUAUUAUGACUGAUGACAUAAAAGAAUUGUAUAUUUUUAUUACACUCAAACAGCCCCUUCAAUUACCUUUGUGUUUCAA